UCAUCCGAGUACAACACCAGAGUUGUAUAUUCAUGGACACGACAAUGGAACCGUAAAUAUUGAAUCAAACAGUUUUAAUACUAAAAGGUCAAUUACUAAAGGAAACAAUAUAAUCAUUUUGAAGAAGGCAGUUUUCCUCAAUGAUGGAAUAGAAAAUAAAGGCAUACAUAUAACAUCAACAGUCCCUAUCACUGUUUAUGGUUUUCAAAGACAUAGUAAUGCGUGUGACGGAUAUGCUUCAAUUCCAAUCAAAUACUUGUCAACAAAAUACAUAGUUGCAUCUUUCACUGUAUGGAAGCAUCGUUCACUUUCGAAAAGUUUGAUUGGAAUUGUGUCAUUAGGUGGACAGACAAAAGUACAAGUGCAACUAAAAAUGAAACAAGGGACAGUUAGAUUCAAAGGAAAACAGUUUGCAAAUGGGGAAAUUGUUCACAUCAAUAUGUCUGCAUUCCAAACAUUACAAUUGUCGCAUAAUUAUGAUCUUUCUGGAUCAAUGAUUUCAUCAUCUAAACCAAUAGGCGUUGUAUCUGGGAACAAAUGCAACUCUAUUACACAUUAUGCAUGCAAUCCCUUUACAGAAAUGAUAUUACCUGUUGAUCAGCUAGAUAAUGAGUUUAUAAUUCCGAUUAUCCAAACGCGACCAAAAAGUACCGUUCGACUUGUAUCUCCAGGAAAAUGUCAUAUCAACAUUCACCUCGAAAAUAGACAUUAUGAAAUUCACCUUAAUGAGGGAGAGUACCAUGACCUUAUCCAUAAUGAUAUAUCAGUCGUUCAGUCGACCGGUAAUCUUCUUGUUACACUGUUUCCUUACGAGGCUAAAAGAUUUGAUUCAUACAUGAUGACAGUGUACGGCAUUAACCAAUACAAAUCCGAUUACAAGUUUAUUAUACCAAGUAAAUUUUCGAGUUAUGUAAGCAUUACUUUUUGUGGAGAUGCUAUUCGUGGAUUUGAGAUCGACGGUCAUGAAAUGAAGGCGAAUAAAAUUUUUGCAAAGACUGUUCAUGGUAACAAGUAUAUUACAUUCAGUUGUAGCAUAUCAGAAGGAGCUCAUAGGAUCAAAAACACUGUUGGCAUAAGGUUCGGAUUGUGGUUAUAUGGUAAUCGCAGAAGCGACGGUUAUGGUUAUCCUGCUGGAAUGGCUUUCCGGGGAAAAGAAGGCUAAAAGAACAUCCACUAUAUAACCUAAGCAAUUCCUUUAUAAGUUAAUGCUCAUAAGAAUUAAUAAAUGAUUUA